AUGCCUGCCGCCAAGGGAUCCCGCUCCUCCUCCAAGAAGGCCAAGAAGACAGGAAGCAAUGUCUUCGACAUGUUCACGCAGAAGCAGGUGGCGGAGUUCAAGGAGGGCUUCCAGAUAAUGGACCGCGACCGCGACGGCGUCAUCGACAAGACCGACCUCCGCGGCACCUUCGACGAGAUCGGCCGCAUGGUCUCCGACGGCGACCUCGACUCCAUGCUGGCCGACGCCCCCGGACCCAUCAACUUCACCACCCUCCUGCACAUGUUCGCCCAGAGGUCCUCCGGGGAAGCCGACGACGACGAUGUGGUCGCCGCCGCCAUCCGUACCUUUGAGAAGAACCCCGGCGAGAUCGACGCGGAGCAGUUCCGCACGAUGCUCAUGGCCUUCGGGGAUAAGUUCUCGAGCCAGGAAGUCGACGACGCCUUCCACCAGAUGGACAUGGACGAAGACACCGGCAUGAUCAGCUCCGACGCCCUCGUGGCCAUGCUGUGCGCCGGCUCGGCCAAUGAAGGCGAAACGGCUUAGAUCUCUUCUCAAAUCGCCUUCUUGGUCCUUUAAUCACUGUGAUAUCAAAACGAUCGGCACAAAAAUGUCCUGCAUCGGUAUUGUAAAUUCCUGAAUAUCACCACACAGGUUAAGACGAAUAUUUAUGUAGAAGUGUGUCUACGACUACUGAAAUGAACUGUCAAGAAAAUAAAACUGUUUAAUUCUCA